AUGUCCUCCCUCCCACCCUCCCACCACGUGAAAGGCGACCCUCCUCCCGCCGUCCUCCCCUUCUCCGCCGCCCAAUCCCCGCCCAUCCGCCUCUACCCUCUCUCGUCCUACACCUUUAGCGUCAAAGAGCCCCAACUAGAAGAAGAUGACUCGGUAAAAAAACGCCUCGAGCGCCUCGAAACCCACUACCACGCCCACGGCAUGCGCCGCACGUGCGAGGGAGUCCUCCUCUGCCACGAACACAACCACCCGCACGUGCUCAUGCUGCAGAUCGCGAAUGCGUUCUUCAAACUCCCGGGCGACUACAUUCCCCCCGACGCCGACGAAAUGUCCGGCUUCAAAGCCCGCCUCGACGAGCGCCUCGCCCCCACCGGCUCCCUGUCCAACUCCCCCGCGAACGCCGGCUGGAACGUCCACUCCGCCCUCGCGCAAUGGUGGCGCCCCAACUUCGAAACGUUCAUGUACCCCUACCUCCCGCCCCACGUCUCGCGGCCGAAAGAGUGCAAGAAGUUGUACCUCGUCGAACUCCCCAAGACGAAAGUCAUCGCGUGUCCGAAGAAUAUGAAACUCAUUGCCGUCCCGUUGUUUGAGUUGUAUGAUAAUACCGGCAGGUAUGGGCCGCAGCUGAGCGCUAUUCCGCAUUUGUUGAGUCGGUACAGGUGGGAGUUUGUGGAUGAGGAGGGGGAGGUGGUGGCGUGGACGCCGGGUGGGGAGGUGGAUGGGAGGGUGGGGAUGGAGGAUGUGGGGGAUGCGAUGGCUGGGGGUUAG